AUGACUUCCCUCGGCCUCACAAACGAAAUCCUCAAGCUUCUUGCACAAAGGCUUAGUGUCAAGGAUCUCAACUCUCUCCUUCGAACGAAUCGACGCCAUGCUCUUGCCCUUACCCCGCUCCUCAACGAGAGAGCCAUCCAGGAAAUCAAUUGUGUCACUGCACUCACUUGGGCGGUAGAUCAUGGCAAUGAAAGUCUUGCUCGUCUUGCUCUGGAAAGAGGUGCAAACAUCAAUUUUCAAGACCAAGUCUACAAUAGCCCUGGUAAAGUCCUCCACCGAGCCGUCAAGAAUGGUAGCAAGGGUGUCGUCAAACUUCUGCUGGACCGAAGUGUCGACGUCACGGGGAAGGAUGUUCACGGAGACACACCGCUCCACUGGGCUGCAAAAUACGGCCACGCCGACAUUGCAAAGCUACUUCUCGAGGCCGGUGCAGACCCUGAUACAGCUCAAGACAACAUGUAUACUGGUGGAACACCUCUUCAUGUCACGGCCCAAUAUGGGGACCCCCCAGUGGCUGCAGUACUCUUGGAUAGAGGUGCCUCCAUCGAUGCCCAGGAUCGAAGGGGACAAAGUCCUCUUUAUUGGGCGUGCCGCUACGGAUCCGAGGCGAUGAUUCUCUUUCUGCUUGAACAAAACGCCGAUAUAUCCAUUGCUGGAGAGGUUGAUGGGAAGACGGUGCUGCACUGGGCAGUACGGCAUGGGCUCGACAAGGCCAUUGAGGCACUAUUAGAUAACGGUGCUGAUGUUGAUCUACUCGAUAAAAACCAGCAAACAGCACUCCACACAGCGGCAAUUCAUGGAUACAAUGCUAUCAUAACAAUAUUGUUAGAAAAUGGUGCCGAUAUCACCUCGAUGGACUGUGAUGGCCAUACCGCAUUACACCGUGCCGCAGCACACGCCGAUGAAUCAACAGUCAAAGUUCUUCUGAAGAAUGGUGCCGAUAUUACCUGCCAGACGAGCGACGGCCAGACCGCGUUGCACCUAGCCGCUAUUCGUGGGCAUGAAGGAGUGGUGGAGCUCUUGCUACAAAGCGGUGCCGACGUUUCUGUUCAAACCACCCAAGGUCACUCCGCGCUUCAUCAAGCCGUGGGCCAUGGACACGACCCAGUGGUACAGCUGCUACUCGACAGGGGGGCCGAUGUCACCGCUAAGACUAGCUACGGACAGACGCCGCUUCAUUUCGCUGUGACUCGUGGUAACGAGGUUGCUGUUCAAAAGCUCCUGGAUUAUGGAGCUACUAUCGACAUAAACCAUGCAGAUGGCAAGAGUUUGUUGCAUUUUGCGAUGUUGAAAGGACAUAGAGGGGUGAUUGAUUUGUUGAAGGGUCGAACGGCAAAGGUUCGGAGUUAUCAGUCAAGCCCGGUAAUAUCGAUUUCGGAGGCAUGA